AUGGAUACAAUUAAAUCAAAUUUUAGUGCAAAUGAUUUUAACGAUAAAGUAAUGCUAAUUACAGGCUCGAGUUCGGGAAUGGGCGCCGGAGCUGCCAUUUAUUUCGCAAAAUUGGGAGCAAAUGUUGUGGUCACCGGACGCGACGCCACUAAAGUCAAUUCAGUGGCAAAGGAGUGCCGACAACACACCGAUAAACAAAUUCUCGAAGUAUUAGUUGAUCUCCAGAACGACAGUGAGGUUCGGCAUUUGGUUGAUAAAACAAUUGCCUUUUUCGGCAAAAUCCAUAUUCUGGUCAACUGCGCGGGAAUUGUAGAUCAGGGAAACAUUAGAGCCGAUCAAAAAUACAUGCAAUCGUUUGAUCGUAUAAUUAACACAAACUUAAGGCCAGUCGUAUUCUUGACAUCACUAGUGGUCCCGUUUCUCGAACAGACCAAAGGCUGUAUUGUCAAUGUUUCGAGUAUUUCAUCACUUGUUCCGAGAAGGACUUGGAGUUCGUACGGGAUGUCGAAAUGUGGUAUCGAUAUGUUGACCAAAUGUCUGGCCAUGGAGUUGGGACCGAAGGGUAUUCGUGUCAAUUCUAUUCUUCCUAGUAUUGUAUUGACACCAAUGAUCAAUACUAUUAAAGACAUGGCUGUUAGUGAGGAAGACAUAAUAAUGUUUUGCAGAAAGACUUAUCCAUUGCAAAGACCCGGUGUAGUGGAUGAUGUAACCAAAGCCAUCGAGUUCUUGGCCUCAAACAGAUCGGCAUUUAUUACUGGAAGUCUUAUACCUCUCGACGGCGGAUCUAUUAUCAGCAAAAAAUCCCGAUUGUGA